GGCGCCACACGGGACGCGUUCGCGAGCGGCUUCCGGGGCGGGGCCUGGCCGGGAGCGGAAGCUCUGGCGCGGGCUCCGGGCGGGCCCGGCGGGCAGCGGGAAGGCGGGCGCGCGCCGCGGCGGUGGACGGCGCUCGGUCGGACUCGCCGGCCCCGCGGCCAUGAACCUGGAGCGGCUGCGGAAGCGAGUGCGGCAGUACCUGGACCAGCAACAGUAUCAAAGUGCUCUAUUUUGGGCAGAUAAAGUAGCUUCACUCUCUCAUGAGGAACCCCAGGACAUUUAUUGGUUGGCUCAGUGUCUUUACCUAACCGCACAAUAUCAUAGAGCAGCUCAUGCACUUCGGUCACGAAAACUGGAUAAACUAUAUGAAGCUUGUCGCUACCUUGCAGCUAGAUGCCAUUAUGCUGCGAGAGAACAUCAGCAGGCUCUUGACAUUCUCGACAUGGAGGAGCCGAUCAACAAAAGGUUAUUUGAAAAAUACUUGAAGGACGAAAGUGGCUUGAAAGACCCCUCCAGUGACUGGGAAAUGUCACAGUCUUCGAUAAAGAGCUCUAUUUGUCUCCUACGAGGGAAGAUCUAUGAUGCCCUGGACAACCGAGCCCUGGCUACCUGUAGUUACAAAGAAGCUUUGAAGCUCGAUGCCUACUGUUUUGAAGCUUUUGAUCUUUUAACAUCCCAUCACAUGUUGACAGCCCAAGAAGAAAAAGAACUUCUUGAGUCACUACCUCUUAGCAAGCUCUGUACCGAAGAACAGGAAUUGCUACGCUUUCUCUUUGAGAACAAAUUAAAAAAGUAUAAUAAACCUAGUGAAACUGUCCUCCCCGAGUCUGUAGAUGGUUUGCAAGAGAAUCUGGAUGUGGUAGUGUCUUUAGCUGAAAGACAUUAUUAUAACUGUGAUUUUAAAAUGUGCUACAAGCUUACUUCUGUAGUAAUGGAGAAAGAUCCUUUCCAUGCAAACUGUUUGCCUGUACAUAUAGGAACACUUGUGGAGCUGAAUAAAGCAAAUGAACUUUUCUAUCUUUCUCAUAAGUUGGUGGAUCUAUAUCCUAGUAAUCCUGUGUCUUGGUUUGCAGUGGGAUGCUAUUAUCUUAUGGUUGGUCAUAAAAAUGAACAUGCCAGAAGAUAUCUCAGCAAAGCAACAACACUUGAGAAGACUUAUGGGCCUGCGUGGGUAGCGUACGGGCACUCGUUUGCGGUGGAGAGUGAGCACGACCAGGCCAUGGCUGCCUACUUCACGGCCGCACAGCUGAUGAAAGGGUGUCAUUUGCCAAUGCUGUAUAUCGGAUUAGAAUAUGGAUUGACCAAUAACUCAAAAUUGGCUGAAAGAUUCUUUGGCCAAGCCCUCAGCAUUGCACCAGAAGACCCAUUUGUUAUGCAUGAGGUUGGCGUGGUUGCAUUUCAGAAUGGAGAAUGGAAAACAGCAGAAAAAUGGUUUCUUGAUGCUUUGGAAAAAAUUAAAGCAAUUGGAAAUGAGGUUACGGUUGACAAAUGGGAACCUUUGUUGAACAACUUGGGGCACGUCUGCAGGAAGCUUAAAAAGUAUGCCGAGGCCUUGGAUUACCACCGUCAGGCACUGGUGUUAAUUCCCCAGAAUGCGUCCACCUAUUCUGCCAUAGGGUAUAUCCACAGUCUGAUGGGCAACUUUGAAAAUGCUGUUGACUAUUUCCACACGGCCCUUGGUCUUAGGCGAGAUGAUACAUUUUCUGUCACGAUGCUUGGUCAUUGCAUUGAGAUGUACAUUGGUGAUUCUGAAGCCUACAUUGGAGCAGACAUUAAAGACAAGUUAAAAUGUUAUGACUUUGAUGUGCAUACAAUGAAGACACUAAAAAACAUUAUUUCACCUCCGUGGGAUUUCAGGGAAUUUGAAGUAGAGAAACAGACUACAGAAGAAACAGGGCUUGCACCACUAGAAACCUCAAGGAAAACUCCAGAUCCCAGACCUUCAUUGGAAGAAACCUUCGAAAUUGAAAUGAAUGAAAGUGACAUGAUGCUGGAGACCUCUAUGUCAGACCACAGCACAUGACGCAGACAGUUCUCAGCUCCCGUCCUGCGGGAGGGUAGGGUUUCUCACAUCCUUGUGCCGUCUUCAGAAUUCCCCAUUUUUUGGCACGAAUACAGACUCCCCGCUCCAUUUAGGAAUGGAGACCUGCAGGAAGAGACCGCAGCAGACACCUUUGCAGCACAUGUUUUCUGAUCCUACAAAACAGUUCUGUGUAGAGAAAUAAAGAGGUGUCUGAAAAACCACAGUCCUGAUAAAGGAGCCAUUACCAUAUUGUCAGUGCUUUAAGAAAUAAAAGGCAGGAGCCAAGCUGUUUUUCAGAUCAGCAGUUAAUGCCAAUGUUUAGGCUUCAGAGAGUGUCAGAGAAAGGUAAUGUGUAGUCGUACUGUCCCGUAGUUUUUCAUUACUGUCCAAUUUUGUACUCUUACAAUGGUAGCUUCCUAAACAGGCAUCCUUCUUGCCAACCUCAACGUGACUGUGCUGCUGCUUCCAGAGCAAUAUGGUACCCACUGCCCUACCAGUUCGAUGUGCUCCCGAGGAAAAUGUGACCAGCAUUUACUCCAGGACCACAUUCACGUGUGGCAGAGUUAACCUGCUUUAUUCGUUCACUUUAUUCUCCUGACAUUUGGAGAUUUUUUGGCUUUAUUUUGUCUGUUGUUCUAAGUGUAUGUGAAACGUUUUAACAGGCUUGGCGAUGACGUCUAGGAAGCCAGAUUUUGUGAUGUACUUAUUUCUUACAUAAAAUCUUAAGCUACCGUACAAGUAUAUUUCAUUCACUAGGUCUUGACAUUUGUAUUAGUUUUAAUUUUCAGAAUAAUUUCUUCAAACCGGAA